ACCGCAUUCAGGUUGGAGACUGGAGGCUGUAGACUGAUAGAUACAUAUGCCGUUAAAUGAAAGUCCCUAAAAAAUAAACGCAAAUAUGCCGAGCAAUAAAGUUGAAGAAAUCACGGACAAGUUAGAGAGCUGUCUGUCUAUAGACACAAAGAAGAUGGACAAAUACAACAGGUAUCAACAGGAAGGGAAGGAGGCUGUCAAGCGUGAUGAUCUGCCUCACGCCCUUAAGCUGUUUCAACUGGCUUACCAGCUGCAGCCGAGUGACAAGCUGAAGAAACGGAUCCAGGCCAUAGAGGAUCGCAUUCAGAGAGAUGUGGAGGAAGAUGAGGAAGAGGAUGAAUUUGUGGAUGUGAAUGAUAGUGGAUUGAAGCUUUAUAAAGUGCUUUACAAUCAAUUGUAUGACUAUCAGAAAGAGGGUGUGGCAUUCCUGUACAGUCUCCACCGCGACGGAAGGAAAGGAGGAAUCCUGGCUGACGACAUGGGCCUUGGCAAGACCAUUCAGGUCAUUUCAUUUUUGUCAGGAAUGUAUGAUGCAGAGUUGGCCAAUCAUACCCUGUUAGUCAUGCCUACCUCACUCAUACAGAACUGGGUACGUGAGUUCAAGAAGUGGUCUCCUGGCAUUAGGGUGAAAGUGUUUCACGGUACCAACAAAGCUGAGCGGAACAGGAACCUGGAGCAAAUCCAGCGCAGAGGAGGAGUCAUCAUUACCACCUACCAGAUGCUCAUCAACAACUAUGAGCAGCUUGCAUCAUAUGAUCAAUGUAAGUUCGAAUGGGACUAUGUCAUCCUGGACGAGGCCCAUAAAAUCAAAACCCCAUCCACUAAAACUGCUAAAAGCGUUCGUGCCAUCCCCGCACAACACCGUGUGCUACUUACGGGCACUCCAGUUCAGAAUAACCUACAAGAGAUGUGGGCUCUGUAUGAAUUUGCUUGCCAGGGGUCGCUUCUGGGAACCUACAAAACAUUCAAAACAGAGUAUGAGAAUCCCAUCACACGUGCAAGGGAGAAAGACGCCACUCCAGAAGAGAAAGCUCUUGGACUGAAGAUUUCCCAGAACUUGAUUGACAUCAUCAAACCUUAUUUUCUCAGGCGGACCAAAGCAGAUGUUCAGCACAAAAAGGAUAAACGUGAAGAAGGCUAUGAAGACGAGGUAGAUCAAGAGAACCAAUGUCCAAAUGCUGGCAAAGGCAUUGAAAUGCCAUCGUUAACACGAAAGAACGAUCUCAUCGUGUGGACGUACCUCAACUCGAUUCAGGAGAACAUUUAUAAACAGUUCACCUCACUGGACCAUAUUAAGGAGUUGCGGACGACUAACAGAUCGCCACUGUCUGAGCUUGUGGAGUUAAAAAAGAUCUGUGACCAUCCCAGGCUCCUGUCUAAUCGAGCUGUGACUCAACUAGGCCUGGAGCAAAGUUCUGCCUCUAUCCAUCCAUCCGACCUCUCAGAUGAGACUUUGGUUGCAGAGUCAGGGAAGCUGCAGUUUCUCGUAUCUCUAAUGGAAUGUCUCCGUGAAGAGGGCCAUCGGACCCUGAUCUUCUCCCAGUCAAGGAAGAUGUUAGAUAUCAUAGCGCAUGUCCUGCUUAAAAGAAACUUUCAGAUUCUGCGCUUGGAUGGCACAGUGACGAAACUGGCAGAAAGGGAGAAGCGUAUCAAGUUGUUCCAGACAAAGAAACGCUACACAAUCUUUCUUCUCACCACUCAGGUUGGUGGAGUCGGCGUCACGUUAACCGCAGCAAACCGUGUCGUGAUCUUUGACCCCAGCUGGAACCCUGCAACAGAUGCUCAGGCUGUGGACCGUGCCUACCGAAUUGGCCAAUCCAAAAAUGUCAUCAUCUAUAGACUCAUCACCUGUGGCACUGUGGAGGAGAAAAUCUACCGCAGACAGGUGUUUAAAGAGUCUCUCAUCCGGCAGUCAACCGGCGAUAAAAAGAACCCUUUCCGUUACUUUAGUAAGCAGGAGCUGCAUGAACUGUUUAAUCUCGAAGACACACGCUCGUCCACCACUCAGCAGCAGCUUCAGGCAAUGCACGCACACCACCGCCGCUCUGACACAAGCCUGGACCAGCACAUCGCUCGCCUUCAGACCAUGGAGAUGUGUGGCAUCUCUGAUCAUGACCUCAUGUUCACUAAAGAGGUGGCAGCUAAUGAAGAUGACCCAGAGGAUGAAGAGUCACAUAAGUACAUACAAACACGUGUCCAGAAAGCACAAGAGCUCAUGCAGGUGGAAUCAGAACUGCAUUGCCAGUUCAAGGACAACGUGGCCCAGAACAUCGAACCUGCUCAAACAGGGCAACUGAAAUCUGCUAGAAGAGACUUCCCAGCCCCUCCAUGUAUCAAAAACAAGCUGGUGACAGUGGAUGUGACAUAUGACUUCUUUGAUGAGCCAGAAAUAGAGGAAGAUGAGCAGAACUUUCCAAAAGUUGAGGAUGCAGAGAUGGAAAAUGUUAGUGAAGAAGAACAAAUUGUAGAUAAAGAAGACCAAGUGAAAACUGAGUCGCCUUGGUCUGGUGGAGAAAGAAACGUGCAAGUUAGUCCUGCUGCUGACAAGCUAGCUGAUACUGUCAUCACGCUGGAUGACAGUUUAGAUGAGGAGGAUGUGUUGUAUGAUAAUGGAGCAUCAGAGAAACGAAAAUCUGUUCACGACAUGCCAAGUACUUCUUGCCAUUUUCCAAAGUUGGAAGAGCUUUCGAUAGCAUCUGAUGCUGUUGAUAACCAAGAGGUCCAGGUGGACAAGCCCAAUUCAAUGAUUUUUUCGUCACCUCAAUCUCCACAUGAUGCCACAGCGGGAGAGUCUUUUAAAGCAGAUGUGGAAAUGCUUCAGGGAAACUUGCAGCUAGAGGACAGUGCAAAUAUGUUCUCUGUUGAAGAAGAGGAAGGAUGUGAUGUGGAUGAAUCACUAGCAGAGGAAAGUCCUGAGUUUCAGCUUCAGAUGGAUGUCAGUGGAGAAAGGCUGGAAGAAGCAAGCAUCCAUGAAAGCAGCAGACAUUAUGGUAAACCAAACAAUGGUGAAAUCAGUAAAUGCAACGACAGUGAGAUCUUCAAUCCUAGCAUUUGUGAAGUCAGCAAGCAUGAAUCUCUUCUGACAAUCCGUUCUACUCCGGAUACACCUUCGGAAGACUCAUUUGUGCAUUCAGUUCGGAAUAGGAAAAGGCAGAUAAUUUCUGAUACUGAUGAAGAAGAGGAGGAUUCAGAAAAGCCAUGUAUAACAGGCAGCCCAUUGGCUGAUGGUCUCAACAGGCUGGGUUGUUUAACACCAAAAUCCACUUUGACUGAUAGUAGCCGACUCUGGCACAGCCUGAACACUUCUGUGGCAUCAAGAAGGUCCUUCAUAGUGUCCAUGCUGGAGAAUGACUCUGAUGAGGAGUCAGAAGAGCCCAGUGAAAAUAAAACCAAAUCCUAUGAGACCUCUGAAGCCAGUAAAACUCAUGCAGAUGACUCCGUGGUGGAAGAUGAUGAGCAGAGUGGAGGCAAAACCAAAUCCUAUGAGGCCUCUGAAGCCAGUGAAUCUCAUGCAGAUGACUCCGUGGUGGAAGAUGAUGAGCAGAGUGGAGGCAAAACCAAAUCCUAUGAGGCCUCUGAAGCCAGUGAAUCUCAUGCAGAUGACUACAUGAUGGAAGAUGAGGAGCCCAGUGGAGGCAAAACCAAAUCCUAUGAGGCCUCUGAAGCCAGUGAAACUCAUGCAGAUAACCCCGUGGUGGAAGAGGAGGAGCCCAGUGUAGGCAAAACCAAAUCCUUUGAGGCCUCUGAAGCCAGUGAAACUCAUGCAGAUGACUCCGUGAUGGAGGAGGAGGAGGACAGUGGAGGCAAAACCAAAUCCUAUGAGGCCUCUGAAGCCAGUGAAACUCAUGCAGAUGACUCCGUGGUGGAAGAGGAGGAGCCCAGUGUAGGCAAAAACAAAUCCUUUGAGGCCUCUGAAGCCAGUGAAACUCAUGCAGAUGACUCCGUGGUGGAAGAUGAUGAGCAGAGUGGAGGCAAAACCAAAUCCUAUGAGACCUCUGAAGCCAGUGAAACUCAUGCAGAUGACUCCGUGGUGGAAGAUGAGGAGCCCAGUGGAGGCAAAACCAAAUACUAUGAGACCUCUGAAGCCAGUGAAACUCAUGCAGAUGACUCCGUGAUGGAGGAGGAGGAGAACAGUGGAGGCAAAACCAAAUCCUAUGAGGCCUCUGAAGCCAGUGAAACUCAUGCAGAUGACUCCGUGAUGGAGGAGGAGGAGGACAGUGGAGGCAAAACCAAAUCCUAUGAGGCCUCUGAAGCCAGUGAAACUCAUGCAGAUGACUCCAUGAUGGAGGAGGAGGAGGACAGUGGAGGCAAAACCAAAUCCUUUGAGGCCUCUGAAGCCAGUGAAACUCAUGCAGAUGACUCCAUGGUGGAAGAUGAGGAGCAGAGUGGAGGCAAAUCCAAAUACUAUGAGACCUCUGAAGCCAGUGAAACUCAUGCAGAUGAAUCAGCAAUGGGUGAAGAGGAACCCAAUGGAGAUAAAACCAAAUCCAUUCAAAUAUCUGAAGCCAGGGAAUCACAAACUGAUGAGUUGGUGGUGGAAGAAGAGGAACCCAGUCAAGAGACUUUAAACUCAGAGGAGUCCGAAGUUCAUGAAGAGCUUGAAGAGAUAGAAGAAAGUGUAGAUUCAGGAAGAUACCAGGAGGAAGAAGAAUGGCACAGCGCCCUGUUUGAAUCCACUGUUGAAUUUGAACAAGACUCCAAUGAAAUGAUAGACCAGUGUGCCCCUAAAACAUUCCCUCCGUUAACACACAUUCUUCCUGUUAGUUCCACAAGCAGUGAUGUGACUACUUCUAAACCCUCUGAGAACACGUAUGAGAUGCUGGUCCUCUCUGGGAAACAGUGUUUGGCAGAAGGGAGGAAGCAAGAGGCUCUGGAUUUCUUUUUAAAGGCCAUAGACAUUAAUAUUGGUGAUGCUGAGAUCCAGCUAUUGAUUAUCCAUUUGUACAGGCAACUUAGACAAUAGGGAAAUUAAAACAUGCAGCUAUUAAAAGAUUCCUCUGAAUGUUAUUUUUUACUUAGAUUUGUAUGUUUCUUUGGUUUCAAAUGAUCAUAUUCUUAUACAGUAUGUACAAUAAUAAAAAAAUAAAAAAAACA